AUGACCACUGUGUACAUCCCAAAGAAAGGCCCGAAAGAAUCGCUGUCGAUUCUAGACGGCUCGGACUCUUCCAGUCUUGAUAUCCCAGAGUUGGCCAAACCAGCAGAUGAACCUCGAUUUUGGUUCCAACGAGGCAAGUCCUACGAUCCUGAUGCAAUUGCGACCCAACCCUCGGUAUUUGACAAUGCCGAAACUGCAAAAGAAUAUUACCCUCAAGAUAACUGGGAGAAUAUUCACCGGUUCGACCCCUCGGCUCGGUGGACAUGGGCCGAGGAAAAUAAAUUGAUACGUAAGAUUGAUUGGCGUAUCAUGGUCUUCGCUUGCAUCAUGUUCAUGGCUCUGGAACUGGAUCGAUCGAACCUGGCGCAGGCCCUAACUGACAAUCUGCUCCCCGAGUUGAACUUGACCACAAACGACUACAAUCUUGGAAACACAGUCUUCAAGCUCUCAUUUCUCUGUGCCGAACUGCCCUCCCAGCUUGUCAGUAAAUGGGUUGGACCUGAUCGGUGGAUUCCAACACAAUUGGUCCUGUGGUCUGCGGUGGCCAUGUCACAAUAUGCGCUCAAUGGAAAAACAACCUUCCUUGUGUGUCGAGCUCUUCUUGGAAUUUUACAGGGUGGAUUCAUUCCAGAUAUGAUAUUGUAUCUUUCCUACUUCUACAAACACCAUGAACUAUCUUUGCGACUCGGAUUCUUUUGGACAGCGUACUAUUUGGCAGACAUUCUAGCUGGAUUCCUGGCCUUUGGGCUCCUGCAUUUGCGUGGUGUUCAAGGUCAAUCGGGAUGGCGCUGGCUCUUCCUACUAGAGGGCCUUCUUACCCUUUUGAUAGGUCUUUCUGCAUUCAUUUUUAUGCCUCCUGGACCAUGUGAAACUGCAAACUGGUCUCGGGGGAAAGCAGGCUGGUUCACUCCACGCGAGGAAGUCAUUAUGGUCAAUCGAGUAAUUCGAGAUGAUCCCAGCAAAGGAUCCAUGCACAACCGAGAACCCAUUACACCCAAGCUCCUUUGGAAGAGUCUGAAGGACUAUGACCUGUGGCCCCUGUAUAUCAUCGGGCUCACUUUUCAAACACCGAUGUCAACGCCCAGUGAAUAUCUUACUCUUACUCUGAGAGGCCUUGGGUUCGACACAUUUGUGACGAAUCUCUUGAUUAUCCCCAGCAAGGCGCUGUCAAUCGUCACUCUGCUUACUCUCACAUACAUCUCAGAGAUUACUGGCCAAUUGACUUUGACGGCUGUAGUUGGCCAGAUAUGGGCAAUGCCCUUUUUGCUUUACAUAUACAUUGUUGACAUCAGUUCUGCAAAUAAAUGGGGUGUUUGGGUGGUGAUUACAUUGCUCUUGUCAUAUCCGAGCGCACACGCGAUUCAAGUCGGUUGGAACUCUCGCAAUUCCAACACUGUCCGAUCUCGCACAGUAUCUGCCGCCAUGUAUAACAUGUGUGUCCAAUCCUCGGGAAUCAUAGCUUCCAAUAUCUACCGGGCAGACGAUGCUCCCCGGUAUCGGAGAGGAAACAGUGUCCUGGUAGGACUCGUGGUUUCAAAUAUCGCCAUCUAUGCGUUGACUAAGGUAUACUAUGUCUGGCGCAAUCAAAGCCGUGAUAAAAAAUGGAACGUCAUGACCGACGCCGAGAAGAGGAAUUACUUGGCGACCACUAAAGACGAGGGUAGUAAACGAUUGGAUUUCCGAUUUGCGCAUUGA